AUGGCCGGAUUCAGUUUAGAAGAGUCGGCAUCGAAAAUUCUUGGAGUUUCGAUUGCCGUUAUUGCUGCAAUUUACGUCAUCUAUCCUCCAGGACUUCUGCUCAUUCCACUUUCUCUUUUUGUCUUCGCAUACACUACAAAAAAUGAGAAAUGCUCGAGUUCAGAUGUGGAAACGUUCUUCUCUGGAUUCAGAAUCGGAGGCCACCGUGGAGCACCGAAGAGUUUCCCUGAAAACAGUAUGGCCGGGUUUGCACAAGCGAAGAAAGACGGAGCUGAUCUAAUUGAAUUCGAUGUGGCGUUGACAAAAGACGGAAGAGCUGUAUUGAUGCAUGAUGAUGACUUGGAUAGAACUACAGAUAUGACUGGACCGAUCAGAAAUAAAACUCGUGCUGAACUCGACCGUUGUAAUAUUUCAGCGACUUUCAUCAGAACUGCUCCAGGAGAUCACAGUCGUUUUGAAGCAGUAGCUCGUGAAAGAGUUCCUGAUAUGGAAGAUGUUGUGAAUUGGGCAGUUGAGAACAACACUCGGAUGCUAUUUGAUGUUAAAGAUUCGGAUAAUGAGCUCGUUGAUCAAAUCGCAAACCUUUUCUCAAAAUACAAUCUAUACGACAAAGCUAUCGUUUGUAGUUUCUUCCCAUGGGUUGUCUAUCGUAUCAAGAGAGGAGAUCAACGUAUACUUACUGGAUUGACGUGGCGUCUCAAGUUCUGGUCUUACCACGAUAUUGAAAACCUUCGUCAAAGAUAUUCAGGGCCGAAGCAAACGCUUUUUGAAUUAAUAGAUGUCGCUCAUGUUUGGUUAUUGAAAAGAGUGACUCCAUGGUAUCUUGGUGCUGAUCUUCUUCUAACCAAUAAUUUGGAUAUUUCACAAGCCUUGAUUCUUGAUCAGAAGAGACGUGGAAUGCGUGUUGCCGUGUGGACAGUAAACGAUAUGGCUGAAAUGCACUGGAUGCUCAAAACCCUUCACAUUCCAAUCCUAACCGACUACCCAGAGCUCACCAAGCAAGCUGCUCAUUUAGAUGAACUACAGAAGAUUGAUUACAUGCCAAUGCACAAGUCUAGUUCCGAUUUGUAG